AUGAUAUGUAUGAUACGUGAAAGCGAACAAAAUGGUACUAAACAAUCAACAAGUACAGGCGCGAUAGCAGUAAGUCGUGUGAAGCCACUGUCAGCUCGAUUACUUUUCAUCAAGCCGAUUGUUGAGGAUAGCGGUACGUACAAAUGUGUGGUCAAUGUUAGCAAUGAAGCGGCGGAAUUUAUUGAUGUUGAAUUGGAGCAACAUCCGGAAGAGGGUGAAGAUGCGGAAAUUGUAUGUCGAGUACGUGGUGACCCAUCGUUGGAAAUUUUUUGGCAAUUUGAAGGCAAAACUAUCCUUGAAG